AUGGCACAGGAUCAGGGUGAAAAAGAGAACCCCAUGUGGGAACUUCACCUCCGCAAGCUGUGCCUCAACAUCCUUAUGGGGGAGAGUGGAGACAGACUGACCAGAGCAGCCAAGGUGUUGGAGCAGCUCACAGGCCAGGCCCCUGUGUUUUCCAAAGCUAGAUACACUGUCAGAUCCUUUGGCAUUGGGAGAAAUGAAAAGAUUGCUGUCCACUGCGCAGUCUGUGGGGCCAAGGCAGAAAAAAUUCUGGAGAAAGGUUUAAAGGUAUGGGAGUAUGAGUUACAAAAAAAUAACUUCUUGGAUACUGGAAACUUUGGUUGUGGGAUCAAGGAACACAUGAAUCUGGGGAUCAGAUAUAAUCCAAGCAUUGGUAUCUAUGGCCUGGACUUCUAUGUUGUGCUGGGUAGGCCAGAUUUCAGCAUCUCAGACAAGCACAGGACAGGCUGCACUGGGGCCAAACAGAAUCAGCAAAGAGGAGGGCCUGCACUGGUUCCAGCAGAAGUAUGA